AUGGCUUCUCCUGUUCGUGCCGCUGCUAUCAACUGGGCCAAGUUGAGCGUCAGCCUUCCCCAAGAAACUGUUGCUUCUCUUCAAGCUUUCCGUAAGCGCAAUGACGAAGUGAAGCGUGUUCUUGCUGAAUUGAAGGAACAAUCCACCACUGUCGAUUUCUCUCAAUACCGCAAGGUUCUUAAGAACCAAGCUAUUGUCGACCAAGCCGAAAAGGCUGUUGGCGGUUUCAAGCCCGUUGCUUACAACUUGGAUGCUCAAUUAAACGCCAUCAACCAAUUCGAAACCAAGGCUGUUUCCAAGGCUCAAAAGACUGUUCAACAAAUCGAACACGAACUCAAGGACCUUCACGCUACUCUCAGCAACAUUGAAGGUUCUCGCCCUAUUGAACAACUUACUGUUGAUGAUAUUAUUGUUGCCAAGCCUGAAAUCACCAAGAACAUUGAAGAAAGCCUCAAGAAGGGUCAAUUCUCUGUUCCCGGUUACAAGGAAAAGUUCGGCGAUAUUUCUUACUUCUAA